GGUCCUAACAAAAAGUAUCACGCAGGUGGGUCUUCUGGCGAAGCCCCAGUGGCCUAAUGGAUAAGGCACUGGCCUCCUAAGCCAGGGAUUGUGGGUUCGAGUCCCAUCUGGGGUGGUUGCAAUUUUUUUUUAUCCUUACUUCAACAUUUUGCUUUUAGACAUUUAACAAACAAUCUGGGAAGUAUUUAUCCGCCGACUAUCAUCAUGAAUUCUUAUCCGCACUAAUUUUCGGUGCUACUCUCCGAUCAGAACCUGCGAUUCUUCAUGAUGAGGAAACCGAGCAUCUGUUCGUGCGUCCUGCUGUGCUCUGUGGCUGCAUCGCUGCAUGAAGUUGGAAGACAAGUUAGCAAGGUGCAAACUUACCAGGCCACGGUGAACUGGGAUGCUGCCCAGAAGAGCGUGACCCUGCAGGAGGGGGUGAUGGCGCGGGACGGGGGCGCCUGCGGAUUCUUCAACGACUCUCUGCUGCUCUCUGGAUGGGGCGUCUUGGAGAUCCAGGCCGGCUUUGGAGGAGCGCCGCAGGACGAUGAAACCACAUUUUACCUGGCUGGUUACCUGGAGGGCUACCUGACUGCCGGACAGAUGUUCAGCCAUUACACCAACAUGUUUCCUCAACUGGUAAAGGAUGAGCGCGUUUUAAUCCCCUUAAAACACUUCAUGAGCGAACAGGACAGUUGGGCCCGAGAGCAGGCGGCUCAGAGGAGGAACAGCGACCCCCUGUGGAAGCAUGUGGGACUGAUCCUGGCCCAGCUGGACGGGCUGCACGCUGGAGCUGCAGAGUGGGCCAAAAGCAGACACAGGGAGGCCCUGCCGCUGUUCGCGCUCCAGUUCCUGAAUGGUGUGGGUGACCUCCUGGACCUGGUCCCGGCUCUGACGCCUCGCUCCAACUCCACGGCGGGCUCGGCCGCCUUCAGGAGGCCCGGGAUGGGCCUCUGCACGGCCCUCAUCAAGGUGCUGCCCGGGUAUGAAAACCUGCUACUGGGCCACUCCAGCUGGUACAGCUACGCCGCCACCAUGCGGAUCUACAAACACUGGGACUUCAGGGUUUCCGACUCGCGCGUUCACACCGGCCAGAUGUCCUUCAGCAGCUACCCGGGGUUCCUCAUGUCUCUGGAUGACUUCUACCUGCUGGGCAGCGGCCUGCUGAUGACGCAGACCUCCAUCGGCGUCUUCAACGCUUCGCUGUUCAGGCGGCUCAGCCCACAGCGCCUGCUGGCCUGGCAGCGGGUCCGGCUGGCCAACGGCCUGGCCCGCAACGGAGAGCAGUGGGCGCAGCUCUUCUCCAGAUAUAACUCAGGAACCUACAACAGCCAGUACCUGGUUCUGGACCUGAGCAGGGUUCUGCUGCGGCGCAGCAUCCGGGCCGGAGCGCUGACGGUGGUGGAGCAGAUUCCCGGGAACGUCGUCCACUCCGACCAGACUCCGGCUUUACAGAGAGGUUACUGGCCGUCCUACAACGUCCCGUUCCACGCCGAGAUCUACGCCCAGAGCGGGUACGCCACCAUGUGGAGGCGCUACGGAGAAGACUUCUCCUACGACCUUUGCCCCCGAGCCAAAAUCCUCCGCAGGGACCAGGCCAACGUGUCCGACCUCAGCUCCCUCAAAUACAUCAUGAGAUACAACAACUAUAAGAGAGAUCCCUACUCCAAGGGACAUCCAUGUAAAACCAUCUGUUGCCGUAACGACCUGAGACCAAGGAGGCCACGCCCAGGAGGUUGCUAUGACACCAAGGUGACAGACUACCAGAUGGCCCUGCAGCUGACCGCCGAGGCCGUAAACGGGCCCACCACCCAGGGUGGACUGCCCCCUUACUCCUGGAGGUCCUUCAACCUCACGGCUCAUCAGGGUCUCCCAGAAACCUACACGUUUCCCUUCGUCACCAUGAGGCCCACGCUGCGCCGGCCCUGAGAUGUCAGCCUGGGAGCUAGCUACAGCCAGCUAACAUCUCCGCCUGUUAGCUAGCUACAGCCAGCUAACAUUGCUGCCUGUUAGCUAGCUACAGCCAGCUAACAUUGCCGCCUGUUAGUUAGCUACAGCCAGCUAACAUCUCCGCCUGUUAGCUAGCUAUAACUAGGUUCUGAUGUUAAGCUUUUUUCAGUAAACUGGUAAAACGUAGUCUUUGUUAUUCUUCAACCAUAAGAAGUCUCUAUCUCUGUGUCUUUUCAUGAAGUUACUUCUGUAAAAAAAUUAUUUAAAAUUUUUCAACUACAUUGAAAAUAAUUUUUCCAGAACACAGAGACCAAGUGUCUUAACAGUGACGACUCUGUUUUAAUAAACGCUAAAGGUUUUGUUUCCUUCCUGAGCUGCUAAUCUUCUUGAGUUUCUGACCCAGAAAAUUUAUUAAAUAAGAGUAAAAAGUAUAUGGUAAAAAUGAGGCUCAAGUAUAGAGUAACUUGAUCAAAAUGAAUAAUAUAUACAGUUUAUUUAAUUUGUUGUUUAGUUACUCUACAAAGCUUAUUAAAAAAUAUAUAGUCUAAGAAUUUAAUAAUUGAGAGCUUUUCCCUAUUCAACAACCCCCACAAUUAGUUUUUCUUUAUCGCCCUUUAAACAAUAAGAUACAGUCAAGUUUGCAGGUUUUUUUAAAAUUCCUUUGAGAUGAUUUUGCAACGUGAUUGCAGAACCUGCAGGUGAUACAUGACAGAACUUGUUAGCUUCUCUGUGGUCGAUCAGGGAGGAAGAAGAAAAAGUUCAACUGCAUGUUUAUCAUUUUACCAUCAUGGAGCAAAAACAUAAAACUGUAACCAUAUGGAAUGUAAAAUAAGUGUUUAUCAGCCUACUACUCAGUUACAUUUAUUUGAGUAUUUUUUUAAAUGUACUUUUAGGAGUAUUUUUACCAUGCUGUACUUUUUACUUAUUUUCUUUGCUUGAUUGUUGUUUUUGUUAUUUAUAUGACUUAUUGUCAUUUUCAUCCUUAAUAUGCCACAAUUUCCACUUUAUAUUUUGGACUGCCUAUGUAAUUUUUAAAUGUUAAAUGAGUGAUAAGUUAAUCAGUAACUCAAUAUUGAGUUGAUUUUUUUUCACCAAAUACUUUUCUACUUGUGUAAAACUAUGUUAAAGUACUGCCACUUUUAGCUAAUCUCUGUUUUCAAUUAAAUCACCAUUCCAGUAUUAAAAUGUAAACGUCUAAU